AUAAUCUAAUCGCGACGCUAUGGUGGCAUUGCGGGAGAGAGGGGUGAUCGGGGAGAGCAGAGCUCAGUAGAGAGAUCGGGCAGUUGGUCAGUUCACCUCACGCACUGCGCCCUCGAUCACCAGUGCUGCUCACCCGUGCUGCUCACCAUGUCGCCCAUCCUGCUCGCCGCGUUCCUCUGCGCGCUCGUCGCCUGCAUCAUCAAAUUUGCGAGGAGCCGGCCGCCAAUGUUCCCACCAGGGCCACCACGACUACCCCUUUACGGUGGCUACUUACACUUGCUCGCGUACAACUACCGCUACACGUACAAGGGCCUGGUCGCCAUGGCCGCCAGGUACAAGUCCCCCGUGCUGGGCCUGUACGUCGGCUCGGACCCGACCGUCAUCGCCACGGACUUUGCGUCCACCAGGGAGAUGCUGCUCAAGCCCGAGUUCCAGGGCCGGCCCGACACGUACGCCGCCCGCCUCCGGAGCUUCGACGAGCUGCUGGGCAUAUUCUUCGUGGACGGCUCCUUCUGGGCCGAACAGCGCCGCUUCUCACUCCGCCACCUCCGCGACUUCGGCUUUGGCAGGCGCUUCCCCAGACUGGAGACGGCGGUCGGGGAGGAGAUCCGCACCUUGUUCGAAGCCAUCCAGCACCCAGUCGGGACGGAAAAGCGCCUCGUGCGCGAGGGCCAGGUGCUGCUGCCGGACCUGCUGUACGCGGGCUUCACCAACGCGCUGCUGGAGACCCUGGCCGGCGAGCGGCUGCCGCGCGCGCGCCACGAGACGCUGCGCGCGCUCAGCAGGGCCGUGCGCCUGUUCCAGCGGCACGUCGAGCCCAGCGGCGGCGUCAUCAACAUCACGCCCUGGCUGCGCCACCUCGCGCCCACCGCCUCCAGCUACCGGGGCCUGGUAGAGGGCAACGACGGCGUCGUCGACUUCAUCCAGGAUGAGCUGCUAAGCCGCCAGGUGCCGACGUUCGACGCGGAAGUGAUGCGCGGGUUUAUCGACGUCUUCCGGGCCGAAAUGCUAAACCGCGGGGAAGACAAGUCGGGCUUCACAGAGAAGCAGCUCAUCAUGGUGCUGGUGGACUACAUCUUCCCCAGCACCACGGUGCCCCCGGUGACGGUGGCCAUGGCCAUCGCCUACCUCGUGCGGCACCCGGACAAGGCGGAGCGCGCCCACCGGGAGAUCGUCGCCGUGGUGGGCAGGGGCAGGCUGCCCAACCUGGACGACCGCGCGAGCCUGCCGUACACCGAGGCCAUCCUACGCGAAGUGCUCCGGUUGGAGACCAACACCGUCCUGUCCGUGACUCAUCGCUGCACGGAGGACACUUUCUUCCGGGGAUACUUCGUGCCAAAAGGAACGUUGUUAAUCCCCAACAUUUGGGCUGCUAACCGUGACCCGGCCGUCUUCGAGAAGGCCGACCAGUUCGUCCCCGAGAGAUUCCUCGACCUUCGCUCAGGGAUGCUGAGGAAGAAGGACGACACCAUGCCCUUCGGCCUGGGCAAGCGGCUGUGCGCCGGCGAGACGUUCUCCAGGCAGAACAUGUUCCUGUACUUGUCCGCGCUGCUGCAGAACUUUUCGUUCGAGCUCGGCGACGACGGGUACCUCCCCACCGAGGACGACAUGGUGCCCGGCAUCCUCGUCACGCCCAAGUCGUUUUGGGUCCGCCUCUCGGAGAGGCCCUGAGCGACGCCUUACCAUCUCAUCUCAUUCGCACUGAGAGAAAUAAUAUGUUUUGUUGCGGCCAUCAAAAUUUUGAUACUCACGGCCAAAUUUCGUUCGGUCAGUCCGGCUUAGUUACAGGCAUCAACAUUUUAGUUGCUGUGACCAAAAGUUUAGUUGGUGCGACUAAAAUUUUGAUGGCCGUACUGAUUGAGCAAUUUUUGAUGGCUGCAACGAAACAUUUCUCUCAGUGCGUUCCCCAUUGUUUUCACUAUUCCACUCCCUGAUCUCGCUAUUACUUUAAAGGUAAAUAAACAUAUUUUAGAAG